CGUUAAUCGUCGUCUUCGUUCCUUCUCGUUUCUAUAACUGAUGAAACCAGCACCAGCGUACCAGUGACCCGAGACACAAUUCCCGAAAUGCCCCUGCCCAAUCCGAAAAAUCUCCGGAAUGCCCCACUUCGCCGGCGUCUCCCUGACGUUCAGCUAGCGUACAAAGCCGCCGUAUAUCUCCGACGCCACCCUCACCUUCUCGACUCUCUCUCUCCCGAUUUUACGCCCGAAACCGCCUCCUAUUUACUCCUCAAGUCCGACAAAACCCUAAUCCCCAAAUUCGUUGACUGGGCCCGGACCCGCCAUUUCUUCAACUUCCGCUGCAAGUGCCUCGCCCUCCACAUCCUCACCCGCUUCAAGCUCUAUAAAACCGCCCAAUCCCUCGCCGUCGACGUCGCCGUAAAUACCCCCGAUGACGAGGGCAAUUUGGUCUUUGAAUGCCUCAGCAAAACCUUCCAUCUCUGCGGCUCCAGCUCGGCGGUUUUCGACUUGGUCGUGAAGUCGUACUCUCACCUGAAUCUCACAAGUAAGGCUCUCAACAUUGUUAAUUUGGCGAAAUUCCGUGGUUACAUGCCUGGUGUGUUGUCGUAUAAUGCUAUUUUAGAAUCCGUAGUUAGGUCGAAAGGGUCGGUCAAGUUUGCACAGGAGGUGUUCGAUGAAAUGACUAGGAGUGGGGUUUCCCCGAAUGUGUUUACUUACAACAUUCUGAUUAGGGGUUUCUGUGGGGCCGGGAAUCUGGAGAUGGGUUUGUGUUUUUUUGGGGAAAUGGAGAGGAACGGGUGUUUGCCGAAUGUUGUUACAUAUAACACGUUGAUUUAUGCGUAUUGUCAGUUGAGGAGGAUCGAGGAUGCAUUUAAUAUGUUGCGGUCAAUGGCGUUGAAGGGUUUGGAGCCAAAUUUGAUUUCAUACAAUGUGGUGAUCAAUGGAUUGUGUAAAGAAGGGAGGAUGAAGGAGACGGGUUAUAUUCUCGAGGAGAUGAAGAGGAAGGGAUUUGUUCCUGAUGAGAUUACUUAUAAUACGCUUAUUAGUGGGUAUUGUAAGGAUGAUAAUUUUCACCAAGCGCUUGUUUUGCACGUCGAGAUGGUCCGGAAUGGAUUGUCUCCAAAUGUCGUUACUUAUACGGCCUUGAUCAGUAGUAUGUGUAAGGCUAGGAAUUUAAACCGAGCAGUGGAGUUUUUCGAUCAGAUGCUUGUUAGGGGUCUCCGUCCGAAUGAGAGAACGUAUACGACAUUGAUUGACGGAUUCUCCCAGCAAGGUUUAUUACGGGAGGCUUACAGGUUUCUGAAUGAGAUGACUUCGGUCGGAUUCUCACCCUCAAUCGUUACUUAUAAUUCCCUUAUUAAUGGUCACUGCAACUUGGGAAAGAUGGAAGAGGCCAUGGGAAUUGUGCAAGAUAUGGUGGAGAAGGGGUUGACCCCAGAUGUGGUGAGUUAUAGUACUAUUAUUUCUGGGUUUUGCAGGCAUCAGGAAUUGGAGAAGGCAUUUCAAAUGAAAUUGGAGAUGAUUCAGAAGGGUGUAUCUCCUGAUUCUGUCACUUAUUCAUCACUUAUUCAGGGUCUUUGCCAGCAAAGGAGGCUUGAUGAAGCUUGCAAUCUCUUCCAGGAGAUGAUUGGUAAGGGCCUGCCUCCUGAUGAAGUUGCUUACACAACCUUGAUCAACGCUUAUUGUGUUGAAGGGGAUCUGAAUAGAGCCCUUCAAUUACACGAUGAAAUGAUACAGAGAGGUUUUCUACCUGACGUUGUUACCUACAGCGUGCUCAUUAAUGGACUUAACAAACAAGCUCGGACGAAGGAAGCGAAAAGGCUUUUACUUAAGUUGUUCUAUGAUGAGUCUGUUCCGACUGACAUCACAUAUAAUACUUUGAUAGAGAACUGCUGCAGUAUAGAAUUUAAAAGUGUGGUAGCUCUUGUAAAGGGAUUCUGUAUGAAGGGUUUGAUGAAAAAUGCUGAUCAGGUUUUUGAGACAAUGCUUAAAAGGAACUAUGAGCCUGAUGAGUCGGUUUACAAUGUAAUUAUACAUGGUCAUUGUCGGGCUGGCAACGUUCGAAAGGCAUACUAUCUAUACGAGGAAAUGAUGAAAUUUGGUUUUGUUCCUCAUACAGUAACUGUAAUAGCACUGAUUAAAGCCCUUUUCACAGAAGGAAUGAAUGAUGAACUGAGUCAUGUCAUACGCAACACAUUGAGAAGCUGUCGGCUUACUGAUGCCGAGCUUGCAAAAGUACUUGUUGAAAUCAAUCAUAAAGAAGGAAAUAUGGAUGCAGUUUUCAGUGUGCUUUCAGAAAUGGCUAAGGAUGGCCUUCUUCCAAACAGUGGAAUGACUGCUUAUGUUGGAGGAUAAAAGCCAUAAAAUUGUUAAUUAAAAUUUAAAACUUAGUGUUGGUUUUGGCUGACCUAGGCAAAGAUGAAGAUGCAAAAUACGAAUUUUCACCGAUGCUUUGGCAGCUUAUAUGAACGCACAUUAUUCUACCAAGUACAGUUUGAAACACUUGCCUGAGACUCGUUAUUCAUCAUUCCUCUUGGCUUUGCUUGCUGUUAACAAAUGAUUGCUGUGGCUAGCAUCAAUUCUCUUGUCGCAAUCGUGGUUAAGAAGAAGAUGGUACUGAUCAUGUAAAAAGGAUGUGACCUAAUCCGGCCAAGAAAGUUUUAUCAGAAUCAAGCUGGAAGUUAUGUUUUCUGCACGGUUAUAGCAUAACUGGUCAGUUUUCUCCAAUCAAAUAAGAAAGCCAAAAAUGAAACCUCCAUGUUACAUCUGCUGAGAUAUUGUCAAUGUUGUCUCCGUUCUCUCAGGUGCUCUCCUCUGAUUUCAUGUAUUGACCCAAAACUGAACAUAGAUGAAAGGCUUUCAUUGUCCUUAAGUUUUGGUCUUCACAUUAGCAAUCCAUUGUUUUCUCACUCCCUUUUUGGCUGAAAGUUUGUCAUGUACAAUCUUGUGUAAACUCUUUUUGCCCCUACACAUUUUUAUGUAUCCACUGUGUAAUAAGGUCGAUAGUCAUAGCAAAGCUUUGAAUACAGAGGGAAAUAUAUUUUAUGGGUUCAAGUAUCU